UGAGCGGCUUGGGCUCGCCACGCGCGUGCGAGCCCAGCGGAGACGUGCUGAGUCAUCAGCAUGAGGUCACUUGGUGCUCCUGCUGACGCUGGGCCGGGGCGGGGGGCCCAGGCCCCGCUAUCGGGCGGUCCGAGCGGGAGGCAGGGUUCGAUCCGGGCGGCGAAGGUCGGGCCAGGAGCCGGGGUCGUGUUUUAAGUUGAACGGACCUGUGAGUUGGAGGCAAAGGCCUCGAAGGAGGCAUUACAGGGGCGCGCCGCAGGUUUCUCCCCGGGUUGGAAGGUACAAAAGCCCCAGGCUUAACGCAUCCCUUCCUCUGCUCCUGGGGCUCCCGGUCCAGGUCCCACGCCUGGUCCAGUUCCCCAAACUGGGAGACGGAUCGGAGUACGCUGAGGGGAGGAGCUUAGGUGGGCCGAGCCAGCUUGUCUGGGAAGGAGGCUUCCCUUCUGAGUGACCCUGGCUGGCCAGGCGGCGUCGGCCCUGGACGGAAAAGACCGGGGAGUCAGGAGAGAAGGGUGUGUGGCUUGAAGGAAGCCGGAGGAAAGGGUGGAUGGUAGCCGGUGGGAGUUUCGAGGUGCAAGCAUGGAGUGAAGGGAAAAUGUAGUCCUCUCUCAUUUACCUCUCCUUUAUCCCUGUCAGAAGAGCUUGGGGCCCCACUGCUGCCCGAAGUUAGCAAAAAGUGUGUGCCCUGCUGGGUGUCUGACCCGAUGACUGCAAACUCUUGGGGAGUGACAGCCUGCGUGGGUGUGGCCUCCGCCUUUGCAUGGCUGUGUGGAUAUUUACUGACUUCUCUUGCGGUGAAGGGUCCCGAGCUCUGUUCUGUAUUGCUUUCCUCGCCCGGAGUUUCAUGGCUGGCUUAAGCUGACCUUGUGGUGGUUUGUGCUUAGACAUGUCCCCUCCACACUUACGCCCUGAGCCCUGAGGCUGCUUGUGGGUGCCAGGUGUUUUCGUUUAGGGUGGAACUUUGUGCCCUAUGAGAAUUCAAAAGUCCCAGAAAGGUGUUUAUGCUUUGGAGUCACUAUGCUUCUGUGACAUAAAGCUUUUAAGUUGUUUUUCAAAUAAUGUCAGUAUUUGAGGGAAGGGAGACCAAAGUUUGGGCCUCCUGCACUGGAGUUUGCAGGCAAAGGUUGAGCAAGGGUCACUGUCUUGCUCGAGAGUAAUGUCCAGAUGUCCCCCUGUGAGAGUAUUUGGAGGAGGGCGGAGCUGGGGGGGCAAGCUGGCCUUGAUCAGCUUCUCUGAGCGUCUUCCUCAGGCUCUGAACUGUACCUCAGCACAACUGUCCCCCAAAGCUGUCUGCCUAGUCACCGUGUGACCCUAGGUUGGCAGGAGCUAGGCAGGCAGCUGGGAGCACAGGCUUUGCUGAGACCUGCUCUCCCCCCUUAAGCAUACAUAUGAACAUACACAUGCACGUUUGCACGCACGUGCACACACACACACACCCCUACCUUUGACCAGGAGGCAGUUGGCUGUACUUGUGCUGAGUUCAGGCCUUCAGCAGAGGGGAAAAUCUGUUGAGGAGGCACUUUUCAGGCUCCCAGCCACCACACGCUGCAAUUUUCUGUGCAAUCGCAGGAAGUCUCCCUUUUUGAGCUUAGCAGUCUGUGUGAAGGAAGCUCCUGCUGGGGCUGCCUCUGUCACCUCUGCUUGUGCUCCUGGCGAGAGUCGGGGGGGGGGGCAACUUCUAAAGAGAGGCAGAUACCCUUUCAGACCCCUAGCCCUGACUUCUGUCUUUCUCUCUGAUCUAACGGGACUGUUGUCUCUGAAAAUGCUCUCAGUCUGGGCCUGGAGAAGGGUCUCCAGCCUCUGUGCUUAACAUUUGCCUGUAGCCACGCCUCCUGAGCACGGCUGAGGGCGGUAGGGUCUCUUACUCAAGGUGUGUGCCUCUGCUUUCCUGGCUCACACUUGGUGAGUGUAAGAAGUGUCAGACUCCCCCACCCCGGCACAUUGUUGCCUCUGGAAGACACUGAAGCCGGCCUCGCUUGUGGGCCCCUUCCCUUUCCCUGCACCUAACCCUGGAGAGGGGAGGAGGCAUCGAGUAGGCCAUUGGGACUCAUAGGUGCUGGGCGAAGCGGGGAUUCCCAGCCUGGGUAUACAAAAAAAAAAAAAAAUGUUCUUGGCAAGGCUUUAGAAAUCUGAAAAUAAGAUCAAGUGCCAGAGGGGUGGCUGGCCGUAGAAGGUAGCUGUUUUGCUUUUGUUCCCUGGCCCUGUGGUCACUGACCCUAGGCAGAGAGCCAGAGACCAGCCAGUGACCCAAAGGGGCUGACUCUUGCCUGCUUCCAGCCAACAGUGCCCUCCCUCUGCUAAUUGCUGGGGGGGGGGGCUUGUGAAAUACCCAGUAUCGGGUGGGGCAGGAGGAGCGCAGGAUGCCGCAACCAAGCCACAGGAUGGUUACUCCAUCUGUAAAGGAGGUGGACAGGGAGGACUGGAGGGGCCUGGGCUCAGCUUCUCCCAGCUGGAUUGCCUGCUACCUGGAAGCUGCUGCUUCCCUGGGUAAAACCGCCCCGGUCUCCCACCUGUCUCUCUCUAGGGAAAGGGCCUUCUUCUGAAGCAGCCCAGCUCAGGUCAGAGUGCCUGCUUCAUUGUGCCCCCCCCGGGUUAUGACGACCCCCAAUAAAGGAAACAAGGCCUUAAAGGUGAAGCGGGAGCCGGGCGAGAAUGGCACCAGCUUGACUGAUGAGGAGCUGGUGACCAUGUCCGUGCGGGAAUUGAACCAGCACCUGCGAGGCCUGUCCAAGGAAGAGAUCAUCCAGCUGAAGCAGCGCCGCCGCACACUUAAGAACCGCGGCUACGCAGCCAGCUGCAGAGUGAAGCGGGUGACGCAGAAGGAGGAGCUGGAGAAGCAGAAGGCGGAGCUGCAGCAGGAGGUGGAGAAGCUGGCGUCUGAGAACGCCAGCAUGAAGCUGGAGCUUGACGCCCUGCGCUCCAAGUACGAGGCCCUGCAGAACUUUGCCAGGACCGUGGCCCGCAGCCCCGUGGCCCCAGCUCGGGGUCCCCUUGCUGCUGGCCUGGGGCCUUUGGUCCCUGGCAAGGUGGCUGCCACCAGCGUCAUCACAAUAGUAAAGUCCAAGACAGACGCUCGGUCAUAGGGACAUGUGCAAUGGCCAGGCAGGUCUCUAAGGGGCCCCUGAGUGCGUGGCAGAGUUGGCAGCCCUGUCCCUCUUCCUCUCCUUUUCCCUCUUCUCCUCUCCCUUCACCUUCUCCUCCCCUGCAAAGCACAACCUGCACCCAGGGGCGUUGGGCUGGGCCCCUAUCAUCCUUGUUGUCACGCGUGUGUUUUGUACGUUGGGAUCAGUCAGUUCAACAGUGAUGUUGGGUUGCCCCCAACCCCUUUGUACCAAGGCCAUGCAGGCUAGGAGUCCAGAGUGGGAAUGAACAAGAGUGCACUGCGCUUAGGUCUGCCCUCCCCCUCUCUGGUGGUCUGCAGGGCCCACAGGCUGCCAGCGUGCAGUGGGACUUGAGAGCUUUCUCUUUGGAUUCCAGUGGGCCUCUCAGCUUGAUCCCGAAGGAAGAGAUGGGCUCUGUCCUGAAAAGUGGUUAUGUCUUGAAGGCUCUGGAUGGGUUAGGCCACCAGCCUGGGCACUGGGGCAGGAACCAUGGUGCUGGAGCCUGGCACAGUGCACUGGAUAAGACCAAAUCGCCGGUUCUAAGUGUGGGUGGAAGGUGUGUCAGUGUGUCCUGCGAUGGGUCCGGUGUCACUGUUUACAUGACCUAUUUGUGUGGUUAUAUAGCCCUUUAUUUAAAAGAGAAGUUCCUUUUACGAAGUUAUUAAAUUAUAUGUUUAAGAGCUAAAAAGAAAAAAAAGAGCUGCAGAGUAUUUAUAAAAUUGUCUUAAAAAGAAAAAAAAAACAAAAAACCCAACAUUUGACCAUAUAGAUGGAAAAGGGAAGAAAGUAUAGUAUAAGCUUUGCUAGGUUUAAAAAAAAAAACUCUUUCUUGUAAACUUGGGGACAGCUCUGUGGCUGUUGGAGUUUAGUUUUUAUACACAGAGUUAUCAGACAUUACUUAUAAAACUUAGUUUAAAAAAAAGAAAAAGAAAAAAAAAAAGCCAAGCUGCGAGCCGACCAGAGGCCGUCCUCUUUGAUAUCUUUUGCAAUUGUACCGAAAGUGACUUACUCCUUUGCCCUUCCUGCUUCCGUCUUGCCGGUGCCGUGGUGUCGUCCGUGCCUGGUGAGGUUUUGUGCAGCCGUAAAGUGCUGGUGCUUCUGGUGACCUUUGACCUGUGGCCGUCCCUGUGUGUGGGGUAUUUUUGUGUGUGUGUGUUUGUUUGUUUGUUUGUUUUUUUUGGAUUUUGUUGCGGUUUUGCUUCUGCUGGCUUGCUGGACCUGAGUUGGGCCGGGGCCCCAGGCAGAGCUCACACAUCCUUCUGCACACAUUCUCUGCCAGUUGGUCCUUCUGAGCCUCAGCUUGGCGUGUGGGUCCUGGGCGUGGGUUGACGCCGAGGUGGCAGAGUAAGUGAGAUUGGGAGCUGUCUUGGCUCCCACCGCCCCUCCCCCCACAUGCUGCUGCCACAUCCACCACCUCUGGUCCUGGGUGGUGGCAUCGCAGGGACCAAGGAGUCACUGUGGGUGCCCAACGGGGCUGUGUCCUACCUGUCCCUGGCUGUCUUCCUCUUAGCCCCAGCUUUGUCCCUUUAGGCUUCACUUGGGGCCUCGGCUAGGCCACCCCAGGGGCCUACCUUGUGGGUUGGGAAUCUUUUAUCACCCACCUAUCCCUAAAAUCCCCUUCUGUGGGGUAUUGUUUCCCAGGCAGACUGGUCAGGGGCCCCACUUGGGGCAACCUAUUCUUCCCUGCCUCACUGUGAGAGCCUGGAGGCCUCUCGACCAUUGCCAGACAAGGGCUUUGGCUUUUCCCCACUGUCUGCAGCUCUUGGCCCUGGGCCCUUCUCAUGCCUCCCUUCAGGAUCUGUGUCUUCCAGGGAUCCGCUGUUCGACUUGGAGGUGCUUCUCUGCAGGGUCUAAGCCCACCUCCUCACCCCAGCUAUCCAGUGGAGGCUGCCCACCUUCUAGGCUUGGCUGGGGAAGCUCCUCAUAGCGGAUGCCCACCUGCAAGAGGCUGUAUUUCUGUCUGGUCACACGGCCCUUGACCUCUUGCUGGCAUUGCUGGUGUCUUCUUUGGGGGCCCUGGAUCCCUGAAAAGCACAGAAUGUGAGCUGCUGAAAGGAAAGACUGGCCUGAUAGGCCUUUACCUCGCGGGCAGCGGGGUUGUUCACUCAGUUUGGCCCAGCAUGCAGUGCUCUGGGAGCAGGACCUCUGCCAGCCCUGGCAUGUCGGUGGGCUUCUUUGGCUCAAGGUGCUCAGACACUCCCAUUGAUGCCUGAGUCAUGUGAGUGGAAGUCUGGACUGUUGAUUAUAAGUUACCAGGUGACCUCAUCCCCUCCCUUUGGUUCUCACAAACUGGUACCCAUACGAGUUGCUGAUUCUGACUGGCAGCAGAGCUGGAAUGCAUCGUGCCCAUACCUAGCCGAGGAGAGGGACAGGCUUUCCGCGCGCUCCUUGGCCCUGGUCGAGUGGUGUAUAAACUGAGCAUGGCCAUCUGUGUGCAUAGCUCCAGCUCGCAGGAGGGUGAGGAAGAGGAGGUUGGCCGGAAGUAUCGAGUCUUAGCUUCUGAACAGGACGGGGCCGUGCUCACAGCGUUCAGUUCAGAUUGGCAGCGCCCGCUUGAGUCUGGGGAACAUUUCCCUGUUGAGCCAGCCCUGCAGUGCCACCCCGUGUCCCUUCCUUCUCCUUGGUUUUGUGACAGCAAAUCCUGUGUCCCAAGUGUGACUGUUGCCUGUCUCCCUGACCAUUGUUAGUUCUGUUUUCCUACUGUGAGGGUGUUGUGUUUGACUUUUGACACAGCGAAUGGAGAGCUUUGGCUGAGGCCAGGUCUCCCAAACUACUCUGCUAAGUAAACCAUUAUUGUGCAACUUCCGUCCUACCUUGACUUUGCCUGACCUCCUUCCUUGGACGUGGACACUCAGAUUUCAAAGAGAAACCCACAUGAGAUGGGUCGGCUUUCUCCAGAGAGUCCCUCCCCUCUGUUGUGUCUGGCUGCUGACCUGGGUGUUGUGCAGGGCCUCCAUGGUAGCACUGAGUUGUUAUUCUGGGUUCACUGUUGGUGACCAGGCUUCCCCACAGGCUGUUCUCGGUCCACCUUUCAGGUCUAUGUGUAUUGCGUGUGCGUUAGCAGCAGCCUUGGCGCUCAGUGCCAGGGUGUGCAGUUUUGAUAAGCUACAGGCCACUUGGAGAUGGUGAGGCCACUUCCCCCACUACCUCCCUCUCUGGUGUGGCCACUUGGCCAAAGCUCCCAUCCACCGCUGGGAUGUCUGAGCCACAGCCUGCUGCACUGUUUCCGCUCUGGGAUCUUCUGAGUUACUUUUUUAGGCUGUGGUUUGGUGAAAGGAACCAACACAUUAACGAUUUUUUCUCCCCCCCCCCAAAAAAAAGCCACUGAAUAAUUCUUGGCAUGUUUUCAUGUCCCUGUUGGCUGCCUGGUGUGGGAGCAGUUGUGAAGAAAAGGACAGUACCACACAGGCAUGGAAUUUUGAGAGCUGCCUGUGGCCUGCCUGUUUCUGGCAUGUGCCCUAGGUGUGUGCUGUACCUGCUGGGCCAGCUGCACACGUUUCUUAACCUGUCCCUGGAGCAGCCGCGUGAGCAGUGUGGGUGUCUCUGGAGGUUUGGAGUGUUCUAGGAAGUGUCCCUGACAGAAUUCCCUGUUCUCUAUGACCCCAGUUGGGCUCUCGGUCCCUCUAGCAACUUUAUGCCCCAGUCCUAUCUUUCCUCCCAUCCUCUCUCGUCUGCUAGUCCUUGAAGCCUUUAACCAAAUGGGAGUGGGUACAGAAAACCUUCUCCUGGCAACUUAGGGCAACAGGACAAGGGCUAUUGUGUGUCCAGCUCUGUUGGUCUCCUGGUGCUGAGAGGUGUGUCCAAGCAGAGUUGACCAGCCCCCCUGCCUGCCCUGCAGGGCUGAAGCCAGGGGGAAGUUAAUAGAGAGUAUCCCAAAUGGGCUGGGGGUCCUUAAAGAUCUACGUGAGGAGGGGCUGGGGUGUGACUGCAAGGUGAGACAUAGUCUCCUGCACCUGGGUUGGGCCAUCAGGGAUCUGGCUGCGAGGUGGGGCCUGGGCGUUCGCACCAAUUGCAGGGCGAUCAGCCGCCUGGCCCAGCAGACAGCAGCCUUGGUGCCCACCCGUGCCCUGCGCAGUAUUUAUUGCUAAAUUAUUGUCCAGGAGGGGCGGCGCUGGGCCUGGCCCCCCGGGUAUUUAUUGCUGUACAUAGUGUAUGUUUGUGAUAUAUAAGGUUUUCUUUAUUUUGUAUAUGAUCAAUAAACACCUUUUAAAGAGA